AAAAAACAGCCAUGCGCCGCCGCGCCGGCACGAACGCAAGACGCGCGGUGGCCGAGUGGCGCCUCCGCUGCGGCCGCCGCGCACCUCAGCCAUUCGGCAAGCAAACGCGCCUGCAAAAUGCGACUGCGCUAUCAAAACGCCGCGCCGCACUAAAAACAGACGUGGUAGAAAGAGCCUUACGGCGCCCAACACCACAACACAUUGAGGCCGACCGAGCCAAGCUCUGGCACCCCUACGCCGCGACGCCCGGCGCGCCGUGCCUGCCCGUGCGUUCAGCAGAGGGCGUCCGCCUCGAGCUCGAGGACGGGACUCAAUUAAUAGACGGCAUGUCGAGCUGGUGGGCCGCCGUGCACGGUUAUAGGGUCCCCGAGCUCGACCGCGCCGUCGCGGACCAGCUCUCAAGCGUGGCGCACGUGAUGUUCGGGGGGCUCACUCACCGGUUGAUCUCGGCGUUUUGAAGUGUUGCGGUGCCUUCACGCCAUCGACGCGACUCGUGUCCAUCUCACGAUGACGUGGGUGGUUUCUUUUUCGAUUUUGAGCCAAUUCAUUCGUGUCGAGACCGCGAUUCGCGCAGGCCGGCCGUCGCGCUCGGCGAGCUGCUGGUGAGGUGCACGCCGCCUGGUUUGGAUCGUGUGUUCCUGGCGGAUUCCGGAUCUGUAGCGGUAGAAGUUGCACUGAAGAUGGCCGCGCAGUAUUGGAGGGGACGCGGGCGGCCGGAGAAAUGUAGAUUUGUGGCGUUAAGGGGCGGCUACCACGGCGACACGCUGGGCGCCAUGAGCGUGAGCGACCCGGCGACGGGGCGCCACGAGGCCUUUGCGACGAUCCCGCGUCAUCAUUUCGUGGCGCGGCCGCCGAGCCGCGGCGCGGACUUUACGAAAGCGAUUGAAAGUCUCGCGGAAGUACUGGCAAGAGAUGACGUCGCGGCCUUAAUACUGGAGCCGCUCGUGCAAGGUGCCGGCGGCAUGCACUUUUAUGAUCCCGGUUAUUUACAACAAGCACGUCAAUUGUGCGACGACCACGACGUCCUACUCAUCUGCGACGAGAUCGCGACGGGGUUUGGGCGGACGGGCCACUGGUUCGCCUGCGACGAGGCCCGCAUCGCGCCGGACAUUUUGUGCGUCGGCAAAGCCUUGACGGGCGGCUACGUGACCAUGGGCGCGACGCUCGCGACGGAAAAGGUGGCAUCCCACGUCUGCGCGGCGCCGCCCGGCUCCCAAGAUGAUGCAUUACCGCUCAUGCACGGUCCCACGUUCAUGGGCAACCCCCUCGCGUGUGCUGUUGCGCUGGCGUCAGUGUCGAAGCUCUUAAAGGGCGGCUGGUGGCGGCGCCGCGUGCGCGCCAUCGAGGGGCAAUUGUGCGCGGGGCUGAACCCCUGCGUUGGGCUUGAUACGGUGGCUGACGUGCGCGUGAAAGGAGCCAUCGGCGUCGUGGAAAUGAAAGCACCCUUGGACGCGGCGAAGGUCGCGGCCGCGUGCCCCGCGCUGGGCGUCUGGCUCCGGCCCUUCGGGACGCGGCUCUACACGAUGCCGCCCUUCGCCUGCACCGCGCGGGACGUCGCGCGGAUCUGCGAGGCCGUGUGUUUUGUUGCGGCGAACGCGGGGGACUACCACUAA